AUGGGGGCUUACAAGUACCUGGAGGAGAUGUGGCGCAAGAAGCAAUCGGAUGUGAUGCGCUUCUUCGCCCGCUUGCGAAAUUGGGAGUUUCGGCAGCUGCCUGCGGUGCACCGCUGCACCAGGCCCACGCGCGCGGACAAAGCGCGGAAGAUGGGCUACAAGGCGAAGCAGGGCUACUGCAUCUACCGUGUGCGCGUGAAGCGCGGCGACCGGAAGAAGCGGGUGGCCAAGGGCAUCGUCUACGGCAAGCCUGUGAACCAAGGUAUCAACAAGUGGAAGGCCGUGAGAAACCUUCGCAACAUCGCGGAAGAGCGGGUCGGACGCAAGUGCGGAGGACUCCGGGUGCUGAACUCCUACUGGGUGGCUCAGGACGCCGUGCACAAGUGGUUUGAGGUUGUGAUGGUGGAUCCUUACCACAAGACCAUCCGCGACGAUCCGCGCAUCAACUGGAUCUGCAAGCCUGUGAUGAAGCACCGCGAGCUGCGCGGACUCACGGCGGCCGGCAAGAAGGAUGCUUUUCUUUCGAAGAAGGGUUGUGCCGAGCAAGACUUCAUCGUCGCUUUCCGAUCGAACAGCAACGCUCUGCAGAAAAACAUCUCCGGUGCCGACUUCGUGCGACUCGUGUCGCCGUUGUCUGAUGGUGGAGAGGUCCAGCUGCAAACUUUCGAGGACGAUGCCAGCCCGCGCCCUCAAAUCACCCGCUCGGUUUCGGACCCGGCUCUCAGACGAAGCUUUGAUUCGCCGCGUAGCGGGCGUCCUCGGAGGAAUUCGACCUUGACAAGCAAUGUGUCGGACUUCUACAUGACUGUGAAUGGCAACCACCAGUGGAGCCCUGAUGACGCCACAGCGGAGGAAGACGAAGAAGAGAGCGGCGAGCACAUGCGCCAUGCGCUGAGCGACCAGGGGCCGAAUGGUAAGUUGGAGCUCUUCGUGAGGUCCAAGUCCGGAGUCAUUCGGCAGAUGGUCGAAGAGGAGAAGAAAAGAUGGGAGGAAACACAGGAGGAGUGGCUCUACGAAGCAAAGCAAGUCAAUGACUUCCACCACGAGGCAGGCAAACGCUGGGCCUUCCAGCGUCCGAUGGGGGGAAUUUCGGAGCAGAUGUACUUGGACGACAGCCACAGUGUCUGCAUGACGAGCGCUCGAAUCAAGGUGUCCCGGCUCCUGCAGAGCCAGUUUUUUGAGCUGGCCCUGGGAUUGGUGAUCGUGGCCAAUGCCUUGGCCAUCGGGCUCGAGCAGUCCUUCAGGGCGGAGGGGCACGACACGUUCGUCUUCGACAUGCUCGAGUACGUGUUCCUCGGCAUCUACACGGCGGAGAUGGGGCUGCGAUUCUUCGUCUCCGGCUGGCGCUGUUUGAAGGAUGAUUGGGUGAAGUUCGACUUCGUCUUGCUCAUCUCGGGGCUAGCGGGCAGUUUCUUCAUCACGCCUUACUUCGGCUUUGAUCAAAUUACGCCUCUGCUGGUUCUCCGUACAUUCCGCCUUCUGCGGUUGGCGCGGACCGUCAAGCUGUUGAUGAAGUGCCGGAACCUGUGGAUGCUGGUCCGUGGACUCAUGUCCUCAGUCGGAACGAUGAUGCCCAUCUUGCUUCUGCUUGUGAUCAUCCUCUACGUCUUCAGUGCCCUUGGUUUUGAAAUGUUGAAAUAUCACGAGUAUGCCAACGGCGAGAAUGCGGACGAGGAGUUCCGGCAAAUCGUGGAAAGCCACUUCUCCUCCCUGACUCUGACGAUGAUGACGUUGGUCCAGUUCGUCUCCAUGGAUUCAGUGGCGGCCAUCUACCGGCCCCUUGUCAAGAAGGACUGGACGCUGGCGAUUUAUUUUCAUGUCCUGAUCCUGCUAGUCUUCGUGGUUCUGAUGAAUUUGGUCACGGCCGUGAUCGUGAACAGUGCCUUCGAGCAAGCGUCGCAGGAUCGCGAAGCGCAGCAGGUUUACGAGCAGAGGCGGAAGGAGAAGUUGGUUGGCGACCUGGUCCGCACUUUUCAGAAACUAGAUCUGAAUGGCGACGGCAAGAUCUGCCAAGACGAGCUGAUGGGGGCCUCAGGUGACGACUUGAAGUCGCUCUACUCGAACUUGAAGUUGGACAACCCGGAGGAGAUCUUCAUGACAUUGGAUGUCGAUGGCACCGGCGAGAUUGACAUCACUGAGUUCUGCGAGGGCGUGCUGCAGGCCGUGACUUCCGAGGGCUCCAUCGAGCUGAAGAGGAUGGACAAGCAAAUCAAGAGCAUGAAGAAGCAGCUGUCUGAGAUGGAGAGGAACCAGGCGGGCUUUGGGGACUUGCUGACGCAGGCACUCCAAGAAACCCGCUUCCUGGUGCAAUCGGCCUACGUGAAUGACGUUCUGCCAAGGGAGGUUUCCGUCAGUAACGUGAACAACGUGGAGGAAGGUCCUCCUGCUUGGGCAAAGGCUAUGAUGCUGGAGCUGAAAACCUUGCGCGAGGCGCAGGCGCGCACGGCCUCCCCCCGCGUGACGAGUUGUUGUGAGCGGUGCUGCACCUGUCGCUGCGGUCCUGAUGGAAGGCCGCGCCGCGGAUUGGGCAUCCGAGACAGGUGGUCUCCGCAGGCCCCCCAAUCAUCUCCAGCGCUCAGCACAGUUCAGGGCAGCCCUGAGACGGGUCGCGUCGCCCGCGGGAAGUCGAGCGCUUCGAUGACCUCGUCCCCCUCCGGCUUCCUGAUGCCUACCUACAGCAUGACAUCCAGCGCCUCGGGAAUCAGGCGGCCAUCCGCCGGCCGACUGCAGCCGCUCGGUCCCAGCCCAGGUAAUUCUUUGGAUCUGGGCAGUUGGGCUGUCUCGCAAGAGUUGAGACCCCGACGUGCGGCACCACCGCCAAGUCCACAUGCAGGUCCCGUUCGUGAGGAGACGACUACCUCAGAGGCCAGCAGCUCCAAUGCGGGCGCGGGGACGACGAUAGAAAGAGAUGCGGCCGCCCGUCUCCGCGGCAUCCUCACCACGGCCUCACGGGGUCGGAACUCGUCGGCCCCGACGCCGCUGAUCGAUGGGAGAUCGUCUUCCAAGGGGACUACAUCCAUGUGCGAGGUGAAGGUGGUGGGCUUCACGCCAACAGGACACCAUCCUUCAGCCCGGUCCCCUGGUUCCGUGGCGACCACGCUGUCCAUGCAGCGGAUGGACAGUUCUGAACACGCCGCGAUCCGUCACAUCAGGCAAACUCCACCACACGUUCAUGCGACAAGUGCAUCGGUUCCAGCAAGGCUUCUGGAGAAGCAGGAAGCUUCCAUAUAA